AUGUUAGCAGUGUUAGCACGCCUAAAAAAAAUUAAAAAGUGCGGAUUAUACGCAGAAAUACAAAAGGGACUGGGAAAAACAGUGGAAGUGGCUCCAGUCAAGUGCAAAUUCUGCAGUCGCGAUAUCAGUAUUGCCAGGGGCAAAGGAGAAAUUAAAAAGCAUACCACCACUUCCAAACACAUAAAGUCAAUAUCAACCAUCAAAUCGCAGCCAUCUGUGGCGUCAAUCUUUGGCAAAAAAUCCAAAAAUAUCGACGAAAAGGCAAAAGAGGGUGUUUUGCGACUUGCUGGUUUUAUAGCGGAGCAUAUCUUGCCAAUAAGAUUAAUGGAACAUAUUCCGAAUUUAGUUAAAAGUAUUUGCCCAGAUUCUGAAAUUGCGCAAGCUAUCAAAUGA